ACAUCAGUGUUGUUGUGAGCGCGCCGCUCGCGUGGUAAACAAUUCAAAAAUAUGAAAUUGCCGGUCCGAAAAUGUUAUUAUGUGGCAAAAGUUAGCUUCUGUUUACUACUAGUAGUUAUGUUAUUAAGUUUUUUCGAACAAUGGCGAGGCAAAAAGCGAUCAGUGGGAGCACAAGUGACAAAUCUGAACGACGAGUACGAAAGAGAAAUCAGGGAAGAUGAAAAUCGGAUAGUCCCUGGGCUGGGGGAAGGUGGUGAUGCAGCUCAUUUGUUUGGUGAAGCGAAACGUCUUGGUGAAGAAUCUGAGAAAAAACUAGCUAUUAACGUGUAUUUAAGUGAUAGAAUCGCGUACAAUAGAACUUUAAAAGAUCACCGCAACCCAGCGUGCAAACGGGUAGUUUACGACGCGGAGCUACCAUCAGCUUCCGUAAUUGUCAUCUUCCACAACGAGCCCUACUCUGUAGUGGUGAGGACGAUAUGGAGCGUUAUCAACAGCGUGCGGCGCGACCAGCCGUGGUUCGCGAGGGCUAAUCAUGUUGAGAGGGACACUGGACGCAAAAUGGUGCUUGGUUAUCCAGGGCAAGAUCCUUCAUCUCCAUAUGUGUACUUGAAGGAAAUAAUUCUUGUGGACGACAAUUCUACUCUUCCCGAGCUCAAGGGCAAAUUGAGUUACUACAUACAAACGAGGCUGCCUCCAGACCUUAUCAAAAUACUCAGGUUACCUGAUCGCGUCGGUCUGACGCGGGCGCGUUUAGCGGGCGCGCGGUACGCGGGGGGCGAAGUCCUAGUGUUCCUGGACGCCCACUGCGAAGCCCAGACCGACUGGCUGAGGCCGCUGCUGCAGAGGGUCAAGGACGAGCCCCACGCAGUGGUGGUGCCCAUUAUUGACGUCAUUGAGGCCUCCAAUUUCUAUUAUAGCGUCCAAGAUGCGGUCACUUUUCAGGUAGGCGGUUUCACGUUCAUGGGCCACUUCACGUGGAUCGACGUGCCGGAGUGGGAGAAGAAACGCCGCGGGUCCGAUAUAGCGCCUACUUGGUCGCCAACAAUGGCGGGUGGGUUGUUCGCAAUCAACCGCCAGUACUACUGGGAGCUGGGCGCCUACGACGAGCAGAUGGCGGGCUGGGGGGGGGAGAACCUCGAGAUGUCGUUUAGGAUAUGGCAAUGCGGCGGAACACUGGAGACGAUCCCGUGCUCUCGCGUGGGCCACGUGUUCCGCUCCUUCCACCCGUACGGCUUGCCGGCCAACUCCGACACGCAUGGUAUAAACACGGCGCGCAUGGCCGAGGUGUGGAUGGACGAGUACGCCGAGCUGUUCUAUCUGCAUCGACCUGAUUUGAGGAACAACCCGCUCGUGGGCGACGUGACGCACCGGCGCGUGCUGCGCGAGAAGCUGCGCUGCAAGAGCUUCGGCUGGUACCUCGCGCGCGUCUACCGCGACAAGUUCGUUCCCGUGCGGGACGUCAGCGCGUUCGGCAGGUUCCAAAACCCGUCUACGGGUCUAUGCCUGGACAGCCUGCAGCGAGAGGGCGAAGCCUCCCCCCUUGGACUAUACCCUUGUCAUAAGGGGCUAGAAGCAACGCAAUACUUCGCGCUCUCUCUCAAAGGGGAGCUCCGCGACGAGGAGAAGUGCGCUGAGCUGCAGUACACCAGGUCACUAUCGGACAGUGAGAGCGGCCGGCGAGUGCUGAUGGUCACCUGCCACGGGAAGCUGAGGGGACAGCGUUGGAAGUACCUCCCGUCGCGGCAGCUGCAGCACGUGGAGUCGUCGCUGUGCCUGAGCGCGUCGCGCUCGGCGAGUGACGUCACGGCGCGACGUUGCCGCGCCGCGCCCGACCAGCUCUGGCGCAUCGACUACACGGAGGAGAACGGCUUCCGGCUGAACAAGGACGGUGAGCCGAGCGAGCAAGAGCUGAGGUUGCAGAAGCUGAGAGGACAAAGAAGGAUAUCUCGUUCCCUUAUGUCAUAUAACGAGACGGACCAGCGGCGUCACCAUAAAAAAGGAAAGAAGAAGAAGGGAAGGAAGGGAAAAAAGUCGAAGAAGGGCAAGAAGGACAAGUUCAUACUGAAGCUGGUCCGCAGCGCGAACGGCAGCGCGCAGCACGUGGAGGCCGAGCUGUUCUGCCGCCACCGCCGCCUGCUGCCCAACGACUCGCUCGUGCGCGACGUCGUCGCCGCGCUCAACGACCGGGACAUCACGGUGAUCAACAACGGGCGGGUGUUCGAGCGGCACCGCGUGACGGAGCUGCACCCGCCGCUCGGCGCCGCGCAGCCGAAAAAAGAAAUUUCCACCAAAAAGCGAAAGGAUAGAAAGAAGCAGGAAGUGCAGCCGGUCAACGUGGAAGUGGCCGAAAGCGCGCCGCAAGUGCGGCUCGCGCACGACGCCGGCCCGAACGUGAUGCGGCUGAACCAGGACGCCGAGAAGAAGAUCAUCAUCGAGGACUUCGUCGAGAUCAAGCCGAAGAUUGCGGCCACUGAUAUGCCCAAGCGCAAGCGCAAACGCCCCCAGCGAGGCAAGACUAUACCGCUCACCCGACAAAGAGAGGAGGAGCGAAUAAAAACUAUGUCGUUAGAGGAAUCUCCGAUGGAUCAAGCGAUGGUCAGAACACACGACGCGGUUUCUGACGAAGCGAAGCCGGCGCCGGCACACAGACACACGCCACAAACACACAGACACACACACGUACACUUGGAUAUAGAUAACAAGGACGACGAAGACAAUAAAGUUGAAAGACACUCUUAUAAAAAUGACAAAAUGGACCAACACGCUUAUAAAAACGACAAAUUGGAACAACACGCUUAUAAAAACGACAAAUUGGAACAACACGCUUAUAAAAAUGACAAAAUGGCCGAAUAUGCUUAUAAUAAUGACAAAAUGGCCGAACAUGCUUAUAAUAAUAACAAAAUGGAUGAAGAAAGAGUUGAGAGAAAAGAUCGAGACAAAAUAAUAAACUUUAAAAAAGUUUUCGAUCAAGUUGACAGGAACAUUGUCAAAAACACAUACGAUCUAGAUACGAAGGACGAUUAUAAAGUGAAAAAUGACAAAGUGGAUGGUUAUAAACAUACAGUGAAUGUGGAUGGUGAUAGAUACAAAGUGGAUGAUAGAGUUGUGUACACCGACCCGGCGGGCAGGAGUGAUGAGAGGGAAGACAGCGGAUUCGAUGCUAAGGUGGAAGCAAUACGGGAUGAUCAAACUGACACAAGCCCAUCGUCUUUAUACCACCGUACUCAAGACGUCGGCCAAGAACCGUCCCCAAUGGCCCAAAACCCCCGUAACGGGGACACGGGAUCGAACACACCGGCGUCCGCUGAGGACCAACGAUCUCUGGGGCAAAGUGUUGGCCCAAACACAAGGGGAAGGGAUUUGGGACCGCCCCAGGGUGGGCCGGUCAGGGUGGUUAUGAGAUCGAAUCUCACUUUCAAUUUGGGCGAUGAAUUCUUCAAUUGGAAACAAGCCGCAGACGACGUCGCAAACCUUCUCGGCGAGUUAACGAUACCGGGCAACGCGACCAAGUCGAGUAGUGAGUUCGAUAGCCAGGAGCAAGAGAACACAGCGCCGAGAAGAGAGGGGAGAGGGAGGGAGAGGGAUACACAAGAAAAAGGGAGUGGAAGAGACAGGGAGACACAAGAAAAAGGAAGGGGGAGUGAGAGGGAGUCUGGCUCUUCCGAGAGCAGUAGUGAAGAGAAAUAAACUAAGCAAUUAUUAUUGAAAGGAUUUAGGUAAUUGCGAAUGAAGGGUAGUGUUAAAAACUCCUGAAUCACAUUUCUGAUCGUUAGGAUAGGAAAGAAUUUUGAUAAAUCUUACCUUUCCCGCCCGGGGGAUAAAUUGGGGGAUGAAAGUUUGUACCAUGAAGAUUGAUUUUGACCACGCGAAUAUAAUGUCACUCAUUAUUUUAAAGUCUUAAAGCAGUCCUAAUUCCAGUGCUCGACAUUUCGAUAAAUGGUCUAGGCUAAAAUUGAAUGACUAACUAAUAACGUAGGCAGGGACGUAUUUAUUGUUAAAUUAUAACGUGUUUGACUACAAUGGCGUGCUAUUUAAUAAAAAAAAUAAUUUUCUAAAUUUAUAGAAUUACCUAACAUUCGCAAUUACGUCAAAGCAAUUUCUGCUUCACAUUGCAAACCUAACGCAGUACUAUAUGUUAUCAGUUAGGCUUUCACUCUUUUUAAAUUAAUUCUUAACCUAUCAGUAUGUAAAAGUUCAUCCAAAUUGCAUCAGCGAUCUAUGUGGUUAUUAUUAGAUGAUUAUUUUCAUAUGUUUAACAGUUUUAAAUAUUAGCAAACGAUGUGCGUUUGUAAAUAUUUUGUUAAUAAAAUUACACUCAUACUAUACAAUCUGCGUAAUAAUUGAUAAAAAAUAAAUGUAUUUUUAAUCGACUGUUAUAAAGAGAAGGAGGAGGAUCUAUGUGCGUCUAUACGUAUUUUUUCUGUAUGUAAGACCAUAACUUAGGCAAUUGUGACCCCAUUUAUUAUAAUUACCCCGUGAAUUUAUUAUAAGAAAAAAAAUAUAUCUUAAAAACGGUGCAUAAUUGAACUGUGAGACUGCGCAUGUACUUGUUUUUAUUGUUAUUAUUUAUCUUAAUUAUGCCUUUUUAAUAAACUCUAGUAGGUUUUGAAAAAACACUAGGUUUUAUGAAAUUUUUUAACUAAACUGAUUCUUUGUUCAAUUAUUUUUUGUUCUCUUUUAACAAAUUUUGAAUAGUCAAUUAUAAAGAGGAAAGUUGGCAAAUGAAACAUUGGUCAUGUUAAUUUAGAAACCAUAUCAGAACCACAUAUCACCUAUUGAAGUAUUUAUCGUAUCGUAUAUUAUAUAAAAACACACUUAAAAGUUCUUUAACGUUUGAAAAUAAAAGAAUUUUAAGAAUUUUUAUAGAAAAUUAGUAUUGGUAUAAAAAGUACUUUUUUUAUUUAUCUAUUAUAAAAGAUAUAUACAGCUUAUUUUGAUUUUAACUUAAAAUAGUAAUUGUUUUGAACUAGUGUCCUAUUUCUCAGUAUUAUUUAACUUAAUCGGAUCCGUCCUAAUAUAGUAUACUCAUUUAACGGCUAAUAAAUUGAUUAGUUGUUUAUUUGCUAUUAUAUACAAAAUGUGUUACUGUUUACUUUACAAUAUGGUCUGAAUAUAUUUUUUUGUAUAAAAAGACUGCUAUGAAAAAGACGUAACUAUAUAAUGACUAACAUAUCCAAAACCGGUUAAAAUAUAUAAAAAACAAUUAAAAUAUAUACAAUGGAACUAACACAAAUUUAGUAUUUACUAAAUACAAACAAAUAGAGAAUCACGCUCAGCAUUUGCUGAGUAAACACUUGCAAUAUCAGCGCUGAUAUUCAGCAAGUGUUUGUACCUUUUUAUCCUCCUGCGAAGGAAUUUGAUUCUUCCAAUAAACUUUGGAAACAGCUGAUAGUUAUUAACUAAAGGUUAUCAGCCUUUAGCAGGCAUUUUAGUAGUCUUUAUGAAGAAAAAAAUAGUUGUUUUAUCAUGUAAUAUUUGAUAUAUUAUUAGUAAUGCGGCGGUUUUUGCAUAAUAAAAAAUUGUGAUGUUAUGUUUAUAAUAAUAAUGUUAUAUAAGAAAUUAUUACGACACUUUCUAGGGCGUUACAUAUAUUUUAGGCAUUGUGUUUUUAGUAAAUGUGAAAAUUAAACUUAUUUUUAUUAUGAACGCCACGUGUAUAUAUUCUCUAUUGUAUACUAUUCGAAAAAUGUAUUUUUAUAGCUUUAAUAUCUCGUAUAUUUCUCUAAAUCGAAUCUGUAUUUAUAUCGUUAAGUUUGUUUUAGUGAAAUAAAGUUGUAUAUUAUAUAUUUUGUGUGAAAUUUUCUUAUUCAUUAGUGAUGUUAAGAAACGUAUGAAGACUGA